AUGACAUCAAUCGAAAGUAGAAUACAAGCCGCCGCGGCGCGCAACAAGGAGCUUCUAAGUGUCCUCUCCGAGACUGACCAUGCCCUGCCUGAUCUGGAGCAGCAGCGGCGGUACAUCGCCGACCUGGAAUCGCAGGUCAACGCCGCCGCGAAGCGCCUGGCCGAGAUCGACAAGAAGCGCAAGAAGGAGCUCAAGGAGCACGAGUCCUACCGCGAUUCCGUUAUGAAGCGGUUCGCGUACAAGGUCGGCGGCAAGAGCGAGAAGUUCGCCGCGCGCGCGGAGAAGGAGGAGCGCGAGUACUUUGACGUCCUGCAGGAGGAGCAUCGCGAGACCGAGAUGAAGAAGAACGUCGAGACGAUGCUGCAGGACGCCAAGACGGUGCGCACACAGCUGGAGAUGGCUGUCUCGCGGCACAGCGCUGCGCAAAGCGAGCUGGACAGCCUUUACGACUCUAUCUUUCAAGGGCCGACGCCUGGAUUCCCAGAGGAGGAUCAGAAGGAGCGCGAGUCGAAUGCUGCGCUGCAGGCAUACCACGAUGCCCGCACACGAGCCGAGGGCCAAGGCCAGGCUGUGAAGACUCUCGGUUAUGCGCAGCAACGUAUCAACGGAGCAUUAAUGUCAAUGGACGAUGCGCUGCGAUACUCGCGCAGAGACAUGUUCGGCGGCGGUACGCUCACCGACAUGAUGGAACGGAAUGCGCUGCACCAGGCAGAGACGCAGGUUCAGGAAGCGCGGAUGCUGGUGAUGCAGGCGCAGCGCAUGUCCGAGCACGUCCAGCCACUGCCCCCCGUACAGAUUGCGCAGGGCAGCUUGAUGACGGACGUCUUCUUCGACAACAUCUUCACGGACAUGGCGUUUCACGACAAGAUCAAGGCGUCAAAUCUGGAGGUCCAGCGGUGCGCCGACAAUCUGGCGCGUCAAUUGGCUUCGGCUAGGAGCAGGCACAUGGAUCUGUCUUGGGAGCUGGACAGAAGGGCGGCAGCGCUGGAAGAGUCACGCGUGAACUUACAGAAGGCGAGGCAGGCCGCGUUUGAGCGGAUAACAGGGCCUGCACAGACUGGUGGCGCCGACGGUGAAGGGCCUCCACCACCAGCAGUACCACCUAAGGACGUGCCGCCAAAGGAUGCGCCCCCUGCGUAUGAACCACCACCAGGCCCUCCACCCUCUUCAUCUACUGGCGAGAACUGGUGGGAGCAAUAG